AAUAAUAAUAAAUAAUAAUUAAAAAUAUUGUUGCUUCUCAAAUCCAGGAUUUGUAUCGAAAAAUUUAAAAAUUAUCAUUACAUUUUAAGUUGUCUAAACAAUUUACAAUGUCCUGGCAAAUUUGUUAACGAUCUUGUUUACCCACAUACCAAACCAAAAUGACUGAUGACCUUUCACGUAACGAAGCUGCUCGCCAACGACAAGAACGUUGGGAGCAUCAUAUGCACGGCCUUUGUAUACUUGACAAUCACUUAAAUGUCGAAAUGGAAAUUGCCUCUCACCGUUCAUCUGUACUCAACCAUCUUGUCGAGCAAGCCAACAGGGUUAAAGAUUUGUGGCUUGAAUUUCAACGGAAAUCUGAUAAUGGACGUGUAUUAGAAGAUACUGCUGUACAAAUGGCUAUUGAACAACAUGGUCUACAGAGCCAUAAUUUUCAUCAGCCACAAUUACAAAAUAAAACGAUUGUAUCACAAUCUCAAAGUAAACCUCCUGAAAUAGAUUGUGAUGAUGUUUUCAAUCAAGCUGUAUCUGCAGCAAUUAUCGCAAAUGGAUUAAUAACUACUACAUCUACUCAACCAGAAAAUUAUAACAUGUAAUAAUUUUAUGUAAAUAAAAAUGUAUAUCAUCACUAAGGGACAACAUCUUGGAAAGAAAAAAAAUAUUUCUACAUCAUUACUUUAUACAUCUUUUAGAAAAAUUUGAAAAAUAUUAACAUAAGAAUAUUUAAUAUUUGAAGUCUUAACAUGUGAUAGAAACGUAGGUACCUUUUUUUUUUUUAAGUA